AUGCUCCGUUGUACUUCUCUUCUGCAGCUUCGGGUUCUGUGUCUGACGAUGCUGCCCGACGGCGGCGCGCUUACGCCAGCGCUGCGGAAGUUGGGCUACACCCCAUACACCCUUCGCUCCACGUACCAGCAGGGCCACGCCAGCACCCACCCUAUCGAGUGGUCCCAGCUGCUGGAUGGCAAAACGAAUGCGUUGCCUGCCAAGGUGCUGGCGGACUACGACGCCGUCGUCGGCCCACCGGGUGCCAUGGUGUACGACGUGCUGCUGCGCCAGGCGCCGGGCUACACCAAGGUCAUCCUGGUCGAGGAGACGGAGAAAGAUAAGUGGGCAGAGGAGUACGAUGCGUAUCUGGAGCGCCUGCAGAUCUCGACGAAGCGCGCCUCAAAGAAUCGAAUUACGCAGGCCUUUCGGAACAUGAUCGCCAAGAUGGCCGUUGGUGGCGAUGCAUCAGGAGCGCUGGCGGCGGCCUCAGCUGGUCCUAGGUCGUCUCUGAUGACGGGUCGCUCUCAGAGCCACAUGGCAUCCUCCUCCGGUGACCUGCGCCGCUCCUUCGCUGCGGAGGCGGCCGAGUUGAAGCGAGGUAUUCGUGGCAGCAAGGCGUCCUCCGCCACAUCUGCGAGUGGCCCUAGCGAGGAUACUCGCGGCACGGCAAAGGCAAAGCACGCAAAGAGCGAGAGAAACGCGAAGGAUGGCGAACUGCAGCAUCCGCGCGCUGUCGCGCUGCAGUUGUACGAGGAGAGUGUGAGGGUGUCGAUUCCGCCCAGUGCGCUGCUUGUGUACCGCUACGGCGACGGGUGGGAGCCGCUCUGCGCCUUCCUCGACAAGCCCGUUCCCUCCAUCCCCUUCCCUGAGUACGAGGAUGGCCUUCGUGUCCUCGGGAACCUGCAGGAGCGGAUCGAUCGGGCACACACAUUGCAGUACGCGGUGGGCGGCAUCUGCACUCUGUGCGUCCUGAUGACGGUGCUGCCGCGUUGCAGGGGCAUUGUGGGGUUUGUGAAGGACCUGUACACGGACUACAAAGUCGCAUUCGGCGCUGACAGUGCCGCAUGUGCGAGGACGGCGCCCGGAGGUGGUUGCUCGAAAACAGAGGCCGAAAGGCUCGAGACCGCGUGGCAGAAGCGUGGCGGCUCUGUAACGCGCACAACGGAGGAGUGA